AUGGCAGGUGUUGCUUCUACGGGACCGUCACCCGCCGUCGUGAACGGUACAAACAAUGGUUAUGAUGCUGUUGGUUCUGUGAGUCAAGAGAACUCAACCUCAACCAAAACACGUCCAAAUGGUCUGCGCCAGAACUCCAAUGGCUCCGCGCGGAUGCCACUCUCGAGCCUCGCACCGAAUCGAAAGGACAGCAAUAGCACGGGCCGCGCUUCUCAUAACAGGGUAGAGGAACUAGGCCAGUCGACUGGCUCACUGGGACGGAGUGGCAGUGAGUCGGAUAGCUUGCUUGAUCUCUACAACCAGAGCAGUGGAAACGUCAGUCGACAAAAUGUGAGUCGGCAAAACAAUCAGGGCGAUAAUGACAUCCCCGAAAACAUGUACCGGCCGCGAGAUGAUGAUCCCGAGGGUUGGAUUCACCGGGACAAGCUCGCUAAGAUCGAGAGCGAAGAACUGCAGGCUGCCGGGAUCAACCUGGCAAAUGCACGACGCACCGGCAACAAGAACACGAGGAGGGAGACGAGCCGGGGUCGACGAAGUGAGGAGCGUACGGUCUCAGUCAAAGGCGAGUCGGAAGAAACGAAGCCUUGGCCGUUGGAUGAAGAGGACGAACGUAACGAUUGGGAUUUCCGCACCCCGGAGGAGAUAGCGGCAGACCAAACACCCUCUCCCGUCUAUUCCCACCCAGUCUUGAAAAAGUCAGGCUCAAAGAUCCCCGUCCUCACGUCAAGCCCUCUGCCAAUCCCGCACGAAAGAAUUGAGCGGGAUACACCUUUGAACAGGAAACGUACUAUUAGUAAUAGUAUGAGCCCUGAAGACGGCAUACCUGUGUUAAAGACACGAAUGCGAAGAGGUAGCGCGGCGAGCGCAGAUGGGCAAGGCGAAACCGACUCUCUUGCAACAACACCCGUAUUCGCUAAUGGAACCAAGUUACCUACGGCCAAACAAUCAUCGCCCACGAAGGCGAAGCCGAAAACAGGCCAGCCAUCCCCUCCGGAAUCAUCAACCGGAAAGAAAGUGUCUGUGUCAACGGCGACACGAAAGCCGUCUACAAAUAUAAAGAACGGCACAACGCCUUCACCUAGUCAGAGGCCAGGGACAAGGUCAGGAGAGCUGGACAGACCACGAACUGCGAUAAAUAGACCUGAAGGAGAUCCCCCUUGGUUGGCUACCAUGUAUAAACCAGAUCCGAUGUUACCGCCAGAUCAGCAGAUCAUUCCUACUCAUGCCCGGAGGCAGCAGCAGGCUCAAUGGGAAGAUGCCGGAGCAAUACCUAGCACAUAUGAUCGAAACUUCUCACCGUUGGCGAUCCACAGCCCUUCAGUUUCAAAGGGAGCAUCUCCAAUGUUACCGUCGGCUCCAUCUCCUGUCGAUGAACGGGACAUCGAACGGGACGGUGCGUCUUGGCCACUUAAACCUGUCGCCAGUCCAAAUCUGAGACAUGCCUCAAGUCCCCGGCCUGGCACGAGCGGAAGUACAAAUGGCGGAUACAGCACCAUGCCCAGAGUGGCCAGUCCUGCAAUCAUGCACAGCCCGAGGAUGGGCAAUAUUUCGACGGUACCAGGGCAAGUGACGAAAGUCCAGCGGAUAGAACACCAAGAUGAGGAUGCGGUGGUGAAGGACAAGAGCUGCGGGUGUUGUAUUGUCAUGUGA